GCUCCCGAUAGGCAACGACAGCCAAGAUGAACCGAGCAUCAAACGAUCCGAACUCACAGCGAGUGCUAUUCGUGAAGAACCUGAACUAUGCAAUUACAGGGGAAGACCUCUACGACCUUUUCGGGAAGUACGGAGCGAUUCGGCAAGUCAGAUUAGGGACGGAUGCUGCUGCCAAGACAAAGGGAACGGCAUACAUCGUAUACGAGCAUGCGGAUGAUGCGAAAGAAGCUAUGAACCACUUGAACGGUUUCCAUUUAGCCGAACGUUAUAUCGUCGUGCUCUACCAUCACCCUACACGCCAACAGCAGGCCGUUGUCAAAGCGACCGAACUCAGGGAACGAGAAGAGGCCCUGGCAGAGGAGAAGAAGAAGCUGGGAAUGACCGACUAGAGAGGCUUCCCUUCAAGUGGCUAGCGAAGGACCUCGCCACGCACACCCGCCCGACAGCCUAGACCACAAUCAACGCCUCCGACCCUUUCGACGAAUCGUCGUGUACCAUCAAGACUGGCUCUCUCCCAUACAAGUUGUAUCACCUUGGUCGCACAUACAAGCGAUCCUACGCAUAUUCAUACAUUCCGGCACUUUUGCUUCACUGGAUACCGCAUGGACAUCACUUGAUGUACGCGAUGGGGAGCAUGUGCGGUUCUCGCAUUGCUGAGAAGGCUCACCGAGUCGUCAGAUACGGAGAAAUUCUCCCCUCUAGUCUCGAAACCGCUGAAACUCACUGAUACACUUGGUCUGCGUAAACUGCAUUCCGGCAGCUUGUCCGUUGAAUCGCCCGAACCCAGAGUUCUUGAGGUGAUCACAUGCACGUCAGCCUUGAUGAUUCGGGGACCACCCCUUUUCAGAUUUGACCCACCUUCAUUCCACCAUGAGGCAGGU